AUGGAGGUAAAAAUUCACCGAGUAAGUGAUUAUAUACAAAAAAAAUUGCGGGAAGUCAGGGAAGUGGUGGGUAGUAUUAAAGAAGAAAGAAGGGGUGGUUAUUGGAGAUGUGAAAAUUGUGAAGAUAGGAUUGUCAAAUCAUAA